UGGUUUACUAUACUACUGCUAGCACUAUAUACUUUCUCCAGGGCUGCAGGAACUCCAGUUAAGAUCCUGAAACACAAGUACACUAGAAUCCCGCGCGCAAGCUAGAGUAGGAAACUUUGUAGCAACAUGCCUCGUAUGGAGGCAUCUACUACCGUCCGCGCUACCCAGCGGUGGUGGUUCGAGUUAUUGGCAUGCCUAGCCCUCAUGGCUGCAGCCACCGCCGUGCUGGGGGUAUCUGCCGCGCCCCCCACCGCCGCCGACCUCGCGCACUGCCCCAAAUCCUGUGGAGGCGUGAACAUCUCGUACCCCUUCGGCAUCGGGCGGAGCUGCUUCCGCCCGGGCUUCGAGGUCACCUGCAACAACAGCACCAGACCUCCCAAACUCUUCCUGGCCAACACCACGACUACCACCGAGAUCGUCCAGCAAUAUCUAUGGGGCGCUGCUGACGCGUCUAUCGUCUUCAACAUCGCCACCAGUCCGGGUGCGUCUGGCAAUUACAGCCGGUCGUGGCAGGCUCCUGGAAAGAGCCUUUUUAUCACGGAGGAGACAGCUGUGGUGAUUGUCGGGUGCGGCGUUGAGGCCUUUUUGUUCGACCACAAUAAUACCGGUCCCGGCAACCUGAUGGGAUACUGCACCAGCACGUGCAGUGAUAUGGCGGCCUUGGAAAAGCAGGAAGCGGAGCGAGGAGGCUGUAGCGGCAUAGGAUGCUGCAGCAUCCAGUUCUAUAGGUCCGUUCGUGCCUUUAGACUUUCCAUCAUUCAAAAGGAAGAAGCAGUGCCUCCUAUAGUUGCCCUUGCGAAUGCUACCGUCAAAGCUUUCUUAGUAGAAUACGAGGGUUGGGACUAUGCUUUUAGCAUGGCUGAUCUGUUGUUCGAUAAGAUUAACCAAAGCACCAUUGGCGCUGCUACGGCAUACCUACGUCCUGUGAUCACAGAUCAGCCGACUUGUCGAAAAGCCAAGAUGUAUGCUGAGUUGUAUGCCUGUGCUGACGUAAACGAUUGUGAGGAUUAUGAUGAUGGAUACGGAGGCUACACGUGUUCCUGCGCCAACGAAUUUGAUAACGGCAAUCCCUACCUUGUCGGCGGGUGCAUAGAUGAUCAGUACAACCCCAGUCACCAAAAGCUGAAUUGUUCAAGAUCAUGUGGCAAUACAAGUAUACCAUUCCCCUUUGGGCUUGAACCAGAAUGUACGGCCAGUACGAAAUUCGGACUGAAUUGUACAUCGAACCAACCCCUGCUUGGAUCACCGCCAGGCCUGCAAUAUCUGGUGGUAAAUAUUUCUAUCGAUGAAGGACUCCUAUUUGUCAACCAAUCCUAUGACCCUAAAUAUGUGCCACAUAGUUCGUAUCAAUAUCUAUUGGAUGUUGAUUUCUCUGAGCAAUAUGGUAUUUGGAAAUGGGCUAUCAGCAAUACUACAUGUGACGUGGCAAAGAAGCAUACCAGAUAUGCUUGCAUCAGUGCAAACAGUGAGUGCACAAAUGUCACCCAUGGAGAUGUCUACAUUGGUUAUCGUUGCAAGUGUUCACACGGUUAUGAAGGAAACCCUUACAUCAGGAAUGGUUGUAAUGAUACUAACGAGUGUUUGGUACCGUACAAAUGUGAUGGAACAUGCCAUAACUUGGAAGGAAGCUUCAUUUGCACCAGCUGCCCUCAAGGGACAUUGUUUGAUCGUGUGGAAAUGCAAUGCACUUCCAGCAAACAUCGUAGCCUUGUUAUUGCCAUUGCUAUUGGACUUGGCUGUGGCUUGGGAGUUUUAGUCCUCACUUUAAGUACAACCAUAUUAGUCCAGCAGUGGAAACGACACAUACGAAAGACAAUUCGAAGGGCAUGCUUCCGGAGAAACAAAGGUCUACUCCUAGAGCUGCUAAUAUCGUCUGACGAAAGUGCUACACAUAGCACAAAGAUAUUUUCUUUAGAAGACUUGGAGACAGCUACAAAUAACUUCGAUUCAACACGGAUUGUUGGCAGUGGAGGUCAUGGUACAGUUUACAAGGGAAUUUUAUCAGAUCAACGUGUGGUAGCCAUAAAAAAGUCCAAAAUCGUGGAGCAAAGUGAGAUUGAUCAAUUUAUAAAUGAGGUAGCCAUCUUGUCUCAAAUUAUUCAUCGCAAUGUAGUGAAGCUUUUUGGUUGCUGCCUUGAAUCUGAGGUGCCUCUGCUUGUGUACGAGUUCAUCUCAAAUGGCACACUUUAUGACCUACUUCAUGGUGAUUUGAGUGCCAAAUGCUUGUUAACAUGGGAUGAUCGUACAAGGAUUGCUCUUGAGGCUGCAACUGCUCUUUCAUAUCUCCAUUCAGCUGCUUCGAUCCCUAUCUUCCAUCGGGAUGUGAAGUCUGCCAACAUACUGUUAAAUGACAGUUUCACUGCAAAGGUUUCAGAUUUUGGUGCUUCAAGAUCCAUUUCUAUUGAUGAGACUCAUGUUGUCACCAUUGUGCAGGGGACGUUUGGGUACUUAGAUCCUGAGUAUUACCAUACAGGACAGUUAAAUGAGAAAAGUGACGUUUAUAGCUUUGGUGUGAUACUAGUUGAGCUACUAACAAGGAGGAAACCAAUUUUUCUCAAUUGCUUGGGUGAAAAGCGGAAUUUGUCUCAUUGCUUCCUUCAAAGACUACGGGAUAAAACUACCAUAGAAAUAUUGGAUCCUCAGGUUAUUGAGGAAGCAAGCCAGGGGGAAAUUGAUGUGAUGGCUUCACUUGCAGAGAUAUGUUUAAAGGUUCAACGAGAAGAGAGGCCUACAAUGAGAGAGGUGGAGUUAAGACUGCAGCUCUUACGGGGUAAGAUAACUAAGAACAGUCGAGAAGAUUUGCAAGUGGAGAAUGAAAUUGAGCCAUUGUUACUGUCUAAGUCCAACUCAAGUUCUCUUGCUCAAUAUAAUCAGCUCGGAGCGAUUUCUGACUCCAUAAAUAAUCAUGAAGCCACUCGAUGCUAUACCAUGGAGCAAGAACUUGUCUCUUGGAGUGAUUUACAUCGCUAAAUGUAGAAUGUACUUCCUGUAUAAUACCAUCAGUGUAAAAAUUUCCUUUGGAAUAUGUACUUUUAGAUUUUAGAUUUGUGGUUGUGAAACUGAUCUAGUGGAUGAUAUAGAAACUUUUUGAAGUUGAACAA